AUGCUGAUUUCGCAGGGAGACUCGGAUCUUCAUUCACUGCUCUUAAGCGAAGAUUCUUCACUCUGCAGCAUAGGAUGCGAUGGCAUCUCUGAUAGAAAGUUCGAACCCUACUUACAAGACAAAGGUCAAGUCGAGCAAGUCACUGAAACUGCUGCUAGAAAGAAAAUCUACUUUCUUCCACUUCGCAACAAAAGGCUUCGCGCUUUGCAUUUGAGAUACUGGUUCGGGCUAAUGUUCAUGGCCGGCAGAGGUUAUGCACACAUGGCCAUGACUGACCAGCCCCCAAUCAAAGCUAAAGGAAAUCCGAACACCUCACCUGAAAAUGCCAACUACAGCUACACACCCCAUUAUCCUCAAGCGGCGGCGCCCGUCAACAAUUGGACUGCCGGCAAUAGCUACUCUGUUACGAUUUCUGGUCAUGCUGUGCACGCAGGAGGAUUAUGCCAAACCAGCCUCUCACUAGACGGCGGCAAUUCUCUCAAGGUUCUCCGCAGUUUCAUUAGCGGCUGCCCAAGGGGCGAUGCAACCCAACUUGGGUUCAGACUGCCAGGCGAUACGCCGUCCUGA